AGUCCGCCUCUGGCCAGCUUGGGCGGAGCGCACGGCCAGUGGGAGGUGCUGAGCCGCCUGAUUUAUUCCGGUCCCGGAGGAGAAGGCGCCAGAACCCCGCGGGGUCUGAGCAGCCCGGCGUGCCCAUUCCAGCGCCCCCGUCCCCGCAGCAUGCCGCGCCCCCGCCUGCUGGCCGCGCUGUGCGGCGCGCUGCUCUGCGCCCCCAGCCUCCUCGUCGCCCUGGAUAUCUGUUCCAAAAACCCCUGCCACAACGGUGGUUUAUGCGAGGAGAUUUCCCAAGAAGUGCGAGGAGAUGUCUUCCCCUCGUACACCUGCACGUGCCUUAAGGGCUACGCGGGCAACCACUGUGAGACGAAAUGUGUCGAGCCACUGGGCAUGGAGAAUGGGAACAUUGCCAACUCACAGAUCGCCGCCUCAUCUGUGCGUGUGACCUUCUUGGGUUUGCAGCAUUGGGUCCCGGAGCUGGCCCGCCUGAACCGUGCAGGCAUGGUCAAUGCCUGGACACCCAGCAGCAAUGACGAUAACCCCUGGAUCCAGGUGAACCUGCUGCGGAGGAUGUGGGUAACAGGUGUGGUGACGCAGGGUGCCAGCCGCUUGGCCAGUCAUGAGUACCUGAAGGCCUUCAAGGUGGCCUACAGCCUUAAUGGACACGAAUUCGAUUUCAUCCAUGAUGUUAAUAAAAAACACAAGGAGUUUGUGGGUAACUGGAACAAAAACGCGGUGCAUGUCAACCUGUUUGAGACCCCUGUGGAGGCUCAGUACGUGAGAUUGUACCCCACGAGCUGCCACAUGGCCUGUACUCUGCGCUUUGAGCUACUGGGCUGUGAGCUGAAUGGAUGCGCCAAUCCCCUGGGCCUGAAGAAUAACAGCAUCCCUGACAAGCAGAUCACGGCCUCCAGCAGCUACAAGACCUGGGGCUUGCAUCUCUUCAGCUGGAACCCCUCCUAUGCACGGCUGGACAAGCAGGGCAACUUCAACGCCUGGGUUGCGGGGAGCUACGGUAACGAUCAGUGGCUGCAGGUGGACCUGGGCUCCCCGAAGGAGGUGACAGGCAUCAUCACCCAGGGGGCCCGUAACUUUGGCUCUGUCCAGUUUGUGGCAUCCUACAAGGUUGCCUACAGUAAUGACAGUGCGAACUGGACUGAGUACCAGGACCCCAGGACUGGCAGCAGUAAGAUCUUCCCUGGCAACUGGGACAACCACUCCCACAAGAAGAACUUGUUUGAGACGCCCAUCCUGGCUCGCUAUGUGCGCAUCCUGCCUGUAGCCUGGCACAACCGCAUCGCCCUGCGCCUGGAGCUGCUGGGCUGUUAGUGGCCACCUGCCACCCCCAGGUCUUCCUGCUUUCCAUGGGCCCGCUGCCUCUUGGCUUCUCAGCCCCUUUAAAUCACCAUAGGGCUGGGGACUGGGGAAGGGGAGGGUGUUCAGAGGCAGCACCACCACACAGUCACCCCUCCCUCCCUCUUUCUCACCCUCCACCUCUCACGGGCCCUGCCCCAGCCCCUAACCCCCGUCCCCUAACCCCCAGUCCUCACUGUCCUGUUUUCUUAGGCACUGAGGGAUCUGAGUAGGUCUGGGAUGGACAGGAAAGGGCAAAGUAGGGCGUGUGGUUUCCCUGCCCCUGUCCGGACCGCCGAUCCCAGGCGCGUGUGUCUCUGUCUCUCCUAGCCCCUCUCUCACACAUCACAUUCCCAUGGUGGCCUCAAGAAAGGCCCGGAAGCGCCAGGCUGGAGAUAACAGCCUCUUGCCCGUCGGCCCUGCGUCGGCCCUGGGGUACCAUGUGGCCACAACUGCUGUGGCCCCCUGUCCCCAAGACACUUCCCCUUGUCUCCCUGGUUACCUCUCUUGCUCCUUGUCCUGAAGCCCAGCGACACAGAAGGGGGUGGGGCGGGUCUAUGGGGAGAAAGGGAGCGAGGUCAGAGGAGGGCAUGGGUUGGCAGGGUGGGCGUUUGGGGCCCUCUAUGCUGGCUUUUCACCCCAGAGGACACAGGCAGCUUCCAAAAUAUAUUUAUCUUCUUCCCGGGAA